CUAUCAAAAAUGUCAAAGUAAAACAAAAAAAAUAAAGCCGACCUGGCGUAAACGCGAGCUGUUGUAAUAAUUUUACCUAAAAAACAUUGUAAAAUAUUGUAGUUGGGCUUCAUUUAGUGUUUAAAAUACUUAUUAGCGCCACAUAAAACCUUAGAAAGUGCUAUAUGUUGAUGUAACGUGAAAUAAGAGAUGGUAUUCCAAAUUAUCUGAAGCACUUCGGUUGUUUUGUCGUUUUCCGGCUUUGGUGUUGUCAUUCGCUUGGAAUCGAAAUCCAAUUAAAAACACUUGGAAACCAAACAUCAGGCAGGCCAAGAAUUACAACAUACGAUGGAUAACGACAGUGAUAAUGACAAUGAGCAUGACCAGGAUAACGACAACGAAGGAGAGCUCAAUUUGGCCGGAUUCCUGUUUGGGAAUGUUGAUGAGCAUGGCCGGCUGGAGAAUGAUUUCCUGGACGAGGAAGCAAAACAACAUCUUUCAUCGUUAUCGAGAAUGGGUCUUUCUUCGUUCCUGGCCGAUGUGCUAACCGAUGGAACAGAGAAGGCGCCAGUUGAGCAUAGCGAUAGUGAUGAUUCUUCAUCCAGUGAUGAUCACCGAUAUGACGAUAAUGAUGAUGAUAAUGCCAAUUACAAGAUCAAAGCAGAUGAUGCGGUGGACUUUUCAGAUUUCAACGAACUGGCUGAGGACUUACCGGUAGCCUUGGAUGCUUCAGAUCAUAAGAAGGAUUCAGGAGGGGAAGACGAUUAUGACGAUAUUGAAGCAGCUAUUCCGGUGAGCAAAGUGGAUGUGAAAGGAUCCAAUUCGGAUGGUGGCCGGGAUGGCGAUGAUGAGAAAGAAGAUGGAGAUGAUACGGUGGACGAUAAGCAGUUAAUGCCGCCCCCAAGUGCUCCAAUUAGCGGAACGGAAGCAAAGGUGGAUGAUGAAGGAAAUGCUUUGGAAAAGCCAAGACAGGAACGAAAGUUAGAUACACCACUUGCAGCUAUGCUUCCGUCGAAAUAUGUGGACGUUGAUGUUCGCGAAUUGUUUCCAGAUUUUCGUCCUGAUAAAGUGCUUCGAUUUUCGAGGCUUUUUGGACCGGGUAAAAUUUCCAGUCUGCCACAGAUCUGGCGAAGCGUGCGCCGUAGACGCAAGAAAAAACUCCAGAAGUUAAAAAUGAAGGAUGGGUCGGAUUCUACAUCUGACUCGGAUGAACCCCGUCGAAGGCACGGUUUUGACUGUGUUUAUGCUCCUGUGCCAUCCCGAGAUCAGUGGGCAUCGGACGAUGAAGACAAACUAUUAAGCCUGACUAGAGAGGAAGAAAAGGAGGAAAAACCGGAUACCGAUACGGGUGGCGAUUCCAAGCCUAAAGUGGCAGAUUGGCGUUUUGGUCCUGCUCAAGUAUGGUACGACAUGUUGGACGUUCCGGAAACUGGGGAGGAUUUCAAUUAUGGUUUUAAAACUACCGAUAAAAGAGAAGAAAUAGACAUCAAAGGUGAACCCAUACCGGAUGAUGCUUUUCUGAUGGUCUCCCAGUUGCAUUGGGAAGAUGACGUGGUUUGGGACGGAAAUGAUAUAAAGCAUAAAGUGUUGCAAAAACUGAAUUCCAAGAUUAAUGCAGCCGGAUGGCUUCCGUCCAGUGGAUCCCGAACGGCAGGGGCAUUUAGUCAGCCAGGAAAAAGCCUUCCAGCUUCACCUGCAGUUUCUGGAUCGAAACAUGGAUCUGGUCAGGGCAAAAUGAGCAAAGCGCAGAUGAUUAUAAAUGCAGCUCAAAACAAGCAACAGGAGGAAAAUGAUGAUACUUGGUAUAGCAUAUUUCCAGUUGAAAACGAAGAACUGGUCUACAGCAAGUGGGAAGAGGAAGUUAUCUGGGACGCAGAAGCAGUUUGUAAAAUUCCGAAACCUAAGGUUCUUACUUUAGAUCCCAACGAUGAGAAUAUCAUUCUUGGUAUUCCGGAUGAUAUCGAUCCGUCCAAAAUCAUCAGGAAUACGGGCCCAACUCCAAAAGUGAAAAUUCCGCAUCCACACGUUAAAAAAUCAAAGAUUCUUCUAGGAAAGGCAGGUGUUAUAAACGUGCUCGCCGAAGACACUCCUCCACCACCUCCGAAAAGCCCAGACCGUGAUCCGUACAACAUUUCCAAUGAUGUGUUCUACAUGGCUAAGUCAUCGGAAGCAACUCUCAAGCUCAAAGUCGGAGGUGGAAACUUAUUGCAGCAUUCAACGCCGGUCGUUGAACUGCGCGCUCCAUUCAUACCAACGCACAUGGGUCCGAUGAAGCUUCGCAUGUUCCACCGACCACCGAUGAAAAAAUACUCGCACGGAGCGUUGGCAUCGAUCAAUCCACAACCGGUACUGCCGCUGUUGAAGAACAUAAAGAAGAAAGCAAAGCAACGAGAAUUAGAACGAAUUGCUUCCGGUGGGGGUGACGUCUUUUUUAUGCGCACUCCCGACGAUCUUUCAGGUCGCGAUGGUGAACUUAUACUGGUGGAAUUCUGUGAAGAGCAUCCUCCGCUGAUGAACCAAGUGGGUAUGGCCACGAAGAUCAAAAACUAUUACAAACGUAAAGCUGCUAAGGAUGCUGGUCCUCCGGAGUUUAAGUACGGCGAACUUCACUUUGCCCAUACAUCUCCGUUCCUGGGAAUACUGCAUCCGGGACACUGCAUGCAAGUAGUUGAGAACAAUAUGUAUCGAGCUCCAAUCUAUCAGCAUCAUGUUAUGGAAACAGAUUUCCUUGUCAUUCGAACACGUAGCAACUACUAUGUCCGAGAGGUGGAUGCGCUGUUCACAGCCGGCCAAGAAUGUCCCUUGUACGAAGUUCCUGGUCCAAAUUCUAAACGAGCCAACAAUUUUGUCCGUGAUUUCCUGCAAGUAUUCAUCUAUCGUCUAUUCUGGAAGAGUAAGGAUAACCCCCGCAAGAUUCGUAUGGAUGACAUCAAGAAGGCAUUUCCGGCCCACUCGGAAAGCAGCAUUCGCAAACGGUUGAAGCAGUGUGCUGAUUUCAAACGUACCGGUAUGGAUUCAAACUUCUGGGUAAUCAAACCGGAAUUCCGGCUUCCGUCGGAGGAAGAAAUCCGGGCAAUGGUUUCACCUGAGCAGUGCUGUGCGUACUUCAGCAUGAUUGCAGCCGAACAGCGACUGAAGGAUGCUGGUUACGGGGAGAAGUUUAUCUUCGCCCAGCAGGAAGACGACGACGAAGAGAUGCAACUUAAAAUGGACGACGAGGUGAAGGUGGCCCCAUGGAACACCACUCGAGCGUACAUUCAGGCCAUGAGAGGCAAAUGCAUCCUGCAGCUUAAUGGACCGGCCGACCCGACGGGUUGCGGGGAAGGAUUUUCCUAUGUGAGAAUGCCCAACAAACCGACGCAACAAAACAAAGAAGAGAUUGAAAGCCAACCGAAACGAACCGUCACUGGAACAGAUGCCGAUUUAAGGCGACUGUCCCUGAACAACGCUAAGGCCCUUUUGCGCAAGUUCCAAGUUCCGGAAGAAGAAAUCAAAAAGCUCUCCCGAUGGGAGGUCAUCGACGUUGUACGAACCCUUUCUACGGAAAAAGCCAAAGCCGGUGAAGAGGGCAUGGAUAAGUUUUCCCGUGGCAAUCGGUUCUCCAUUGCCGAACAUCAGGAACGCUACAAGGAAGAGUGUCAACGUAUCUUCGAUCUGCAAAAUAGGGUACUGGCUUCUUCGGAAGUUUUAUCUACGGAUGAGGGCGAAUCGACUGCUUCUGAGGAGUCAGAUUUGGAAGAACUGGGAAAGAAUUUGGAAAACAUGCUGGCCAACAAGAAAACGUCGACCCAGUUGUCACUGGAAAGAGAGGAACAGGAACGUCAGGAACUGCUUAGGAAAAUCAUGGAAGAGCAAGGCAGUUCUAGAGGAAAGAAAAAGGAUGACGAUUUGAAGGAUAUUCAACAAGUUCCUACAACAAAAAUCCUGAAGAUUACCCGUACUUUCAAAAAUUCGGAAGGUCGUGAGUACACUCGUGUAGAAAUAGUUCGCCGAGCGCCGGUCAUUGAUGCCUACACUAAGAUUCGAACCACGAAGGACGAGGCGUUCAUCAGACAGUUUGCAACACUAGAUGAAGCCCAGAAGGAAGAAAUGAAGCGCGAAAAGCGCCGUAUUCAGGAACAGUUGCGACGAAUCAAACGUAACCAACAGAAGAUUGGCAUGAUGCAGCAACAGCAUCAGCAACAUUCCGUCGGAACACCCAUCAGUCUCGGCGACAGAGAAACCCCGGGUAGCUCGAAGUCCAGUGUCAAUCCUUCGACGCCUAAAGAAAGCCAUGCCAAGGAGCACAGCCCUUCGUCACGCAAGAAGGUUAAACUAAAGCCAGAUCUCAAACUGAAGUGCGGUGCAUGUGGCCAAGUUGGACACAUGAGAACGAAUAAGGCCUGUCCGCUUUAUACGGGAACAGUUCCGACACCAUCGCUGAACGUUGCAAUGACUGAAGAGCAGGAGGAAGAAAUUGAAAAGGAACUUAACGCAGACGAUGAAGAUUUGGUGAAUGUUGAUGGUACUAAAGUAAAGUUGAGUGGAAAGUUAUUGAAACGGCACGAAGAUGUGAAGAGAAGGACUCUUUUGCUGAAGGUACCGAAGGAAGCGGUCAGCAAGAAACGUCGCCGUGUUGGAGGUGAUGCCAACUGUGAUUAUCUGAAGCGACAUAACAAAACUGCGAAUCGUAGGAGAACUGAUCCAAGCGUCGUGCUGUCUUCGCUGCUAGAACAGAUACUUAACGAAUUACGUGACAUGCCAGAUGUAGCGCCAUUUAUGUUCCCUGUGAAUGCCAAACAGGUUGUGGAUUAUCAUAAAAUCAUCCAACGACCAAUGGAUCUGCAAACGAUUCGCGAACAUAUUCGGCAGAAGAAGUAUCAAACUCGAGAUGAGUUCAUUGCCGAUAUCAAUCAAAUCGUUGAAAACUCUUCGCUUUACAAUGGAGCGAAGAGUUCGCUGACGAUCGCAGCUCAACGAAUGCUUCAAAAAUGUAAAGAUCGAAUGCAAGAGAAGGAAGAACGGUUGACUCGACUAGAGAAGAGUAUCAAUCCCUUGCUGGAUGACGACGAUCAGGUGGCACUUUCCUACAUGCUUGGCGAGUACGUGAAUGGCCCACUGAAGGCGAUGCCGGAAAGUUGGCCUUUCUUGAAACCCGUCAACAAACGGCUGGUGAAGGACUAUUACACCAUAAUUCGAAAGCCAAUGGAUUUGGAAAAGAUUUCAAAGAAGGUGGCUUCGCAUAAGUAUCACUGUAGGACGGACUUUCUGCAGGAUAUCCAGCUGAUUGCGGAUAAUUGUGAAACGUACAAUGGAUCGGAGGCAAACUUCACCAAACAGGCACGCCACAUGGUGGAAGUUGUAAAGCAGGCAUUGGAAGCGAUGGAUAACAUGUCACAAUUGGAGAAGAACAUUGCCUUGGUCCAAGAACGCGCCCGUAAUGAGGAUAUCGACUGGGAAGACGAUGAACGAGAUGGCAAAUACUUCCAGGGAUCUCGUGAUACCUCGCCGGAUCGAGACUAUGGCGACGAGGACAUCAGCAAUUUGGAACGACCAUCGUCGGCUGCCUCGAUGGCGUCGAGCCGCCCGGGUCCCAGUGGAUUGAUGCGGCCGAACAUAGAUGGCAAAAAAGCACGUGGAAGACCGCGCAAGAUGCAGCAUGAAGAAGAGUUCCCGGGCAUGAUGAUGUCACAGAGGAUGAACAGGAUGCUGCUCAAGCGGUCCCGUGGUCGUCCUCGUAAGGACCGCGACGACUUUGGCGGUGCCCCCAUGAGUACAACCGUCCAGAGUGGAGGUCAUAUGCGAGGCAACCCAGGCGGGAACAGCGGCUUUGGAAGUAGUGGACCUGUCCGGGAGCUUGGUGGAUAUGAAGGUAUCCCGUCGAGUUCUUCAACACCGCUGUUAGCCACCGAUCCGUCUGCUUCUGCAUUCGAAAUGAACUGGAUGGCAAAUGCGGGCUCUUCGGAGAUGGAUAGGACCAAGCUAAUGAGUACUAACAAUACGUUCGGGCAUGACAGUACAGUUGCUACUACCAGAGGUGGAAGAUUCUUUGGGGAUUCGGGGCUUUUUGGGCGACACAAGCAAGGUGGUCAAUAUUCGACCGAUGACGAAGAAUUCGAAGAAGUCACCAUGAGCGAUAAUGAAGGAGUUUCGGUGACACUUGAUCAAUCAAAUGCUCCUUCAAACUCAUCUAUCUUGCCUCCACAAGAAGGCGAUAGUCAACAGGCGGCAGAGGCCAUGGUACAGUUGAGUGGCACUCAGUCAUUCUACCAAACAGCUGAAGAAUCGAUGGAAAUUGAUCCCAAUUAUGAUCCGAGUGAUUUUCUCGGAAUGUCCAAUCGACAGUUGGCGACAGACACCGGAGGACAACCUGGUGCAAUGGAUGCCAAUCAAUUUGCCUAUCAACAGGGAAGUGCCUUUGAUCCCAACUUCCAGCAGUUCCAGCAACAACCUGCUCAGUUUGAAAAUCAGCAAAUUGUGGGUAAUGUCGGGGAGGUUCAACUUCAGGAACAACCGCAACAGCAACCGAAUGCUGUUUUACCACCUUUGCAGUCACUGCAUAAGGAUCUGGCCAUCUCGGACAGUGAUGACGAACAGAAUAAUUUACAAAUGGAUAUAUUUAACAAUACGAAUGAAAACGAUGAUAAUGAUGAUGGAGGAGGCCUCUGGUUUUAGAAUAUUUACAAUUCAAUAUAUAUAUUAACUUAAAACGAAUAAAUAAUAAAGGCAUAAACCUAUGGCAAACUUA